GAGGUCCCUUUAAGAGGAAGGGAAUUACUGGGGGGAAGUGAAGCAGGAGAGCUCUGACUUACUUCCUCGUAGCUCUCAAAAUCAAAACAUCAUCCGUGCGCCAUGGGUGAGUCUGCAUCAUCGAAAGGACAUUUCCUUAUCUAACAGUGUCUACAUUGUCGAGGAGCACCUCGAACAGCGUCUGUUGCAGCAUGCUUCAGCUAAACGAUUCGGUGGAGCCGGAGAGUCCGGGUGCCGCGAUUCUCCACCCUGCAGAAACCGAGGAAGGGGUUGAGGUCGCCUUUACGCCGCCGGAGGCCGGAAGAAGCUUCGGACACGGAGCUUCCGUGGCCUGCUGCCCUCCCUUACAAACCCUGACACCCUUCCACGUUCAUAACCCCACAAUGCAAGCGAAAGUAAAGGACUAUUUCGUCUUCAGGCCAGGUACCAUCGAGCAGGCUGUGUGCGACAUUCGGACAGUGGCACUCCCCUCUGAGGAUGGAGAGGUGCUGAGCGUCUGGCUGCUUGCAGAAGUGGACCACUGGAACAAUGAGAGGGAGAGACUUGUUCUCAUAACUGAUCGGUCGCUGCUGGUGUGCAAGUAUGACUUCAUCAACCUGUUGUGUCAGCAGGUUGUUAGGAUCUCUCUCAACGCUGUAGACACAAUUUCAGUGGGCGAGUUUGAGUUCCCACCCAAAUCACUUAACAAGAGAGAAGGCUUUGGGAUUCGUGUCCAAUGGGACAAACGUCCUCGGGCCUCUUUCGUAAACCGCUGGAACCCCUGGUCCACAGAAAUGCCCUAUGCCACAUUCACAGAGCAUCCCAUGGCCCACGCUGAUGAGAAGGUGGCAUCUCUCUGCCAGAUGGACAACUUCAGGACCCAGCUGGUGCAGGCAGUGAAGAAAGCCCAUAAGGAACACCCCAUCCCAGGCAGGGCUAACGGUGUCCUGAUCCUGGAGAGACCCCUGCUCAUCGAGACCUAUCUGGGUAUCAUGUCCUUCAUCAACAAUGAGGCCAAACUGGGAUACUCUAUGACCCGUGGCAAGAUCGGCUUCUAAAAUCCACAAUUUCUGUAAAUUACAGCUGAGUUCAACCCAUGUGUAUGAGUUACACUGUGCUGACUGAGGGAAGCUGUUGCUCCCAAACGGUGAAAUGCAUAAGUAGUGUGUGACUGUGUGUGAGUUGAGCCCAUUAAAUGUCCACAACCCCUUGAGUUGGUGUUACAGACAAGCGGUUCGCGGUAGACAUGCCCAGCAUUGCAUGGACAGUCUACUUAAUGCACUUUUGCGCCCCUACUCCCUUUUUGUCACAGAGUUGCUUGCAGCUGUGCAAUUACUAGUGGGCUUUCAGGAGUGUACGCUGAUGUGACAUAAAGUGGAGAGAAGGGACACUUGCAUCAAUUCAUUAACUCCAUAUUUGAUUUAGAAUGAGCUUGUUGAAGUCUCAUGCUCUUUCUUUAACCACUCAUUAACUGACCGUCAAAACGAAUACAAAUUAUAAAUCUGAUAAAGGAACGCUAACAUGAGGGAUGUUAUUUCAGGGUUAGGGUUUCCUUUAGAACAUUCUGCAAGCAAAAAAAGAGCACUUAGUGAAAAGCAACAAACAUCUAGUUAACCUGUGACACCAACUGAAACAUUACAUGGAUAUGUUGAAAUGGUUUCAAAUGAGGGAUUGCGUUAUUCUGAUCUUUGGGCCAAAGGGUGACUUCAUAGAAGAAGAAAUGGUGGAUGGAAUUUAACAGUUGGAUCCCGAUUAUUGAAAUGUUACUAAUAGGGAAAGUGUUAUAAAUCUGACUGCUAUACUGACAGGCCUAUCAGUAUUACUCGUGAAAAGAGUUAUUAAAACAGUUUUAAGUGUAAAGCUUAAAGAAUGAUGUCUUGACCUUAAGCCAAUGUUGUUCUCUAUGUGCUUAUAUUCAUGUAAUUUCUGUUGUCGCUCAGUGUCUAUGUUUGUACCUUUUCUAAAAAGUUCUGCAACUUGAAUUAAGGCACACUGGAAACAGAUUUGGACGCUUUGCUUCAAUUUAUCAACCACAGACUGGAUGUAUUGAAACAAGAUGUAAUUGUAUUACCAAAGGUAACCGGCCAUACUUUAAUGCUCAGCAAUGCCAAUGAAUAAUUGUCUCCCACAAUGCCUUCUUCUGGUCUUCGCAUGUUCCCUGCACGUUGAGUUUGCAUGACAGAUGACUUAUAAGAGAUUAUUCUAAAGGUUUGUAAGCAUUAGUCAGUUUUUAUUUAUCUGCUGUUAUUUUGAGGAAGUUAAUUCAUUAAUACUUCUGCAAAAUGCAUAUUUUGUUGCCGUUUCUAAAGUGCUUUAUUUAGAGUUUUUAAGAGAUUAACUUGUUAACUUAUUAUUGUGAACACACAAAGGUUUGCUUUUAGUUCUAGGUAUUUGCAGCACAGUAGCCACACUGGAGAUAAUAAAUGCUAACAUGUUCUUGUGAAGGCCUCUUCUCUGGUCUUUGUUUAGAGGUGUGUGUACAUUGUGUUCAUGCUAUCAAUGACUACAAAGAUGAAAUAUACUGCUCCUGAUACUUCAGUGAGAACUGCACACUGCAAAAUGCUUUAUAAAAAACACAAUGAAACCUG